AGAGGUGGAGAGGAAGACGCAGGACGAAGAGUCUGCUGUUGUGACUCAGCUCCGCCUGGAGAGGAAACUCUGUGAUGUGGUGAUCAAAGUGGGGAACGUCGAGUUCGAAGCCCACAAGAUCCUCCUCUGUCGCUGCAGCGCCUACUUCUGCACCCUCUUCACCGGUGCCUGGGCCAAGCCCACCAAGCAGAGGUACACCAUCCCCGGGGUUUCUCCUCAGAUGAUGCACCUCAUCAUCGGCUACGCCUACAGCCAGUCGCUCCCCCUGACGGAGGAGAACGUGGUGGAGGUCCUGGCCGCUGCAGACCAGUUCCUGGUGUCUGGGAUGGUUCAGGCCUGCAGUCUGUUCCUGGAGGACCAGAUGUGUCUGAGGAACUGCGUCCACAUCUGGAGGCUGCUGGACUUCUACAGCCUCCCUGAGCUGAGGAACAAAGUCUUCCUCUACAUCCUGAAACACUUUGAGGAGAUAGUUUUCUCCACCCAGGACCUCCUGGAGCUGUCCCUGCAGCAGCUGGCAGCCAUCCUGGAGAACGACCACCUCAACGUGAGGCGGGAGGACGUGGUGUUCGAGGCCGUCCUCCGCUGGAUUAACCACCAGCCGGACCAGAGACGAGGUCACAUCUCUGAGCUGCUGCCCAAGGUGCGUCUCGGCUUGUUGAACGCUGAUUACCUCAAAAACUGUGUGAUGGACAACGUUCUGGUGAAGAACAGCAUCGAGUGUGUUCCCAUCAUCAACGAUGCCGUGACGGGAUUUCUGGAUUCUCGGAGUGGAACCUCAAACUCUGCGUCCAGUAACCAUCUGAACCGGCCACGCCUGCCGUCUUCCAUCCUAUUGGUCAGCGGCGGCUCGGAGCGCAGCAGCUUCCGGGUGUACGACGCCCGGGCCGACCACUGGGUCACCGUGAGCGCCGGGGGGGUCCGCCGCACCCACCACGGAGCCGCCGCCCUCAACAGCCUCGUCUACUUCAUCGGCGGCUGCACCGCAGAAAGGUACCUGAACACCGUGCAGAAGUUUGACCUCGCCACCGGCUCCUGCCACCAGGUGGCGCCCCUGAACUGCUGCCGCUCCGCCCUCAGCGCUGUUGUGCUGAACGGCUGCAUUUACGCCAUCGGAGGCUACAACGCACACGUUUACUGUGACACUGUUGAGUGCUACAAGCCUGAGACGGACUGCUGGACCAUGGUGGCCCCGAUGCAUUCCAGGAGGUGUUCAGCCAGCGCCACUACGCUCAAUGACAAGGUGUACAUUUUCGGGGGUUUCAACGGGCAUCACAGCCUCUCCUCGGCUGAAUGCUACGACCCGCGCACCAACCUGUGGACCCUGAUCGCCCCCAUGAGGAGCUGCCGAAGUGGCCUGGGGGUCGCUGCCUCCAGAGGCCGAAUCUAUGCAGUUGGCGGUAUGAUUCAUGAGACCUGCCACCUGAGCACUGUGGAGGUGUACAACCCUCAGACCAACCGGUGGCACCGCGCCCCGUCCAUGUCCGCCCCCCGCAGCCACUUCGGCAUUGAGGUGGUGGACGACCAGAUCUUGGUGGUGGGAGGAUACAACGGCUACACCGACGUGCUAACCGUGGAGCGCUACGAUGAGGAGGCGGGGCUUUGGUACAGAGCCUCGAGCAUCGAGACGCCCCAGAACAGUCUGAUCUGCUGCGUGCUGCACGGACUCACCGGCCUGGUGGAGAACUUGUUCCCUCGCGGUUCCCCGACGUUCCCCAACGCUGCAGGAACCAUCUGACCCUCAGACCAGAACAUCGACCGUCAUGGCUUUUUAAAAUAAAAUAU